AGCCGGUCUGAGGCCUUGUUGUUGUCAUAGCUGCCGCUGAUGCUGCAGCAUCCUCCAUCCACAGCAGACACAUGUCAGCGAGCAGAGCGGGGACCACAUCAGGAGAGAAUCCAGUCCCAGUUGGAUGGUCUCUUGCCUCCAUGACACAGGACAUUCUCCUGCUGACAAUGGCGUCCUGAAGUCUCGCUCCAACAAUACUGGACUCCCACAAACACAGAACCCAUGGACCCCCAGGAGGCCGAGUCGGGUAAGGAGCCACAGGACUUCAGCCGAUCCCGCCACCAUGGCGGCCAAGAGAAGCGCAACAGAUUCAGUGACGCCCAGGCUGAGGGUUCCGCUGCUGAACCGCCUCAAGUGGUCCACCCGAUUCCCCGCCCAGCCGUGACCCGCUACCGAAGACAGGGGGACAGCGAGGCCCGGAUCAGAGCCCAGCAGCAGAGACACCGGCAGCGCCAGCAGAGGGAGGCGGAGCGGGCUCAGCUUUUGGCCCAGGAGCAGGAGAAGCAGCAGAAGAGGAGCCAGGAUGAUGAGCGGGAGAGAGAUGACUCGGUGUUGGCCCGCUCGGCCAGUACUGAGAGUGGCUUUCACACCCACACGGACCGGGCCGAGGGCGACGACAACCUGGCGAUGAUGUCCCUGGAGGGGCAACUAGAGGCUGAAGAUGAAGCGGGGAAUUACGAGGUUCAGCUCCGACCUGAAGCAGAGGGCUACAGUGAGAGGGCUGAGUCUGAACAGCAACACCACCCACUCCAUAACUAUCCGCCUCAGUCAGUACCAGGUGAACUCUUGUCUGCAGCCCAGGAUCCUGAGGGCCAGGAGGAAGUUCAAGAGAUGCUCAACCACGGCUACUCAAACUAUGUGUACUCGCAGCCCAUCGCCUGCUCGGGGGGGCGGGGCGACUUCACCUCCGGGGCAAGCCUGGACAGCAUAGAUGCGUCUGCAGACGAGGUCUACUCAGAGCCCUACGACAUCUACGUGCUGUCUGAGCACGUUUAUGAAGAAAUCUGCCCGACCACAAUGUCCUCGGCCGUGGAGGGAGCUGAGGACCGCGAGUCUGCCCGGAAACAAAGGGAUCAUUUCCACUUGCUGGACCGACAAACGGGAGGUUGUGACUACCAAGAAGAUUCGGUGGGCUCCCGCUUGCGUCACUAUGACGAGCGCUCCGAUGGGGAGUCUGACAGUCCAGAGAAGGAGGCGGAGUUCGCCCCGUACCCUUCCACCGACCAGGAGGAGGAUGUCAACAGCGUUGGGCUGGAGGUGAAAGGCAAUGCAGGUGCACUGCACAAGGUCACAGAGGAUGGAGGAAGUCAGCCACCACAGGAAGAGGAGGGGGCUCAGCCAGAGCCCCAGACUGAUGCGGAUGUGAGCUCCAAAGCUGCGGGCCACGGGAGGAAAGCCAGGAAACCAACCCUGAGUCCAGCAGAGGAUCUGGGGACGCCGAGAAACAGCCAGGAGAAGCGGGAUGCCAUAUCAUUGGCCAUCAAGGACAUUAAAGAGGCUAUAGAGGAGGUGAAGACUCGGACGGUCAGGUCUCCGUACACGCCAGACGAGCCCAAGGAACCCAUCUGGGUGAUGAGGCAAGAUCUCAGCCCGACCUCUGAGUGCACCCUGCACCAGUCUUCCGGGGAGUCUCCCGGCUCCAGCUCUCCGUCGCCUCCUGGAGCAGAGUCGGCCAUCAGUCAUUUGCUGCAGGAGGACCCUUCAGAGUCGUCUCCCUCCGGCAGAGAGCCCAGAAGAAGCCUGGCGUCCUUCCCCACCUACGUGGAGGUCCCGGGCCCCUGCGACCCUGAGGACCUGAUUGAUGGGAUCAUCUUUGCCGCCAACUACCUGGGUUCCACUCAGCUGCUGUCCGACAAGACGCCGUCCAAAAACGUUCGCAUGAUGCAGGCGCAGGAGGCUGUCAGCCGCAUCAAGAUGGCGCAGAAACUCGCCCAGAACAAGAAGAAGGUUCCCGAGAGCGACCCGCAGCCCAUGACUGAAGUCGACCUCUUCAUCUCCACCCAGAGAAUCAAAGUGCUCAACGCUGACUCACAGGACACCAUGAUGGACCAUCCUCUGCGGACCAUCUCCUACAUUGCUGACAUUGGCAACAUCGUGGUGCUGAUGGCUCGCCGCAGGAUGCAGCGCUCUGACUCUCAAGAGGAGCUGGAGGCUUCCGAGCCAGGACAGGACAGCAAGCGCCAGUAUAAGAUGAUAUGCCAUGUGUUCGAGUCCGAGGAUGCCCAGCUCAUCGCUCAGUCCAUCGGUCAGGCCUUCAGCGUGGCGUACCAGGAGUUUCUCCGGGCCAACGGCAUCAACCCUGAGGACCUGAGCCAGAAGGAGUACAGCGACCUUCUGAACACUCAAGACAUGUACAAUGAUGACCUCAUCCACUUCUCCAAGUCAGAGAACUGUAAAGAUGUGAUGGUGGAGAAAGCAAAGGGGGAGAUUCUGGGCGUGGUCAUCGUGGAGAGUGGUUGGGGCUCCAUCUUGCCCACCGUCAUCAUCGCCAACAUGAUGCAUGCUGGACCUGCAGAGAGGUCCGGGCGACUGAACAUCGGUGAUCAGAUCAUGUCCAUCAACGGGACCAGUCUGGUGGGGUUGCCCCUGUCCACCUGCCAGAGCAUCAUCAAGGGUCUGAAGAAUCAGUCGUGGAUCAAACUCAACAUCGUUCGAUGUCCCCCAGUGACCACUGUCCUCAUCCGCCGCCCAGACCUGCGCUACCAGCUGGGCUUCAGCGUCCAGAAUGGCAUUAUCUGCAGCCUCAUGCGGGGCGGCAUCGCCGAAAGGGGCGGGAUCCGGGUGGGACACCGCAUCAUUGAGAUCAACAGUCAGAGUGUGGUGGCCACUCCACACGAGAAGAUCGUCCACAUCCUGUCCAACGCUGUGGGGGAGAUCCACAUGAAGACGAUGCCGGCCGCCAUGUAUCGCCUGCUGACCGCCCAGGAGCAGCCCGUUUACAUCUGAGAAGCCCCGCCCCAUCCGCGUCACGACACUGAUGGUCCGGAACGAGCGGCACUUUCUUUCUCACUCUCUUCACGGAAGGUGGAGAGGACGAGGAAACACUUCUGAAACUUGAUGCUAUAGUGAGUUGGACACUGCUUCUGAGGCUGACCUCUGACCUAUACACUUUAUGUACCUUCUGCCACGCUGCUAUUUUACUGCCUUCACUCUCCAUCCUCCCGCGACUCUCUGACCAACCCUGCUCCAUGCUCUCACUCACUCUCCCGCAGAUGUACCAGCCUCUCAUGAGUCUGGUUUCCUCUGCAUGAGGAGCAACCCUACGGUCUUCCACUUCUAGACAGGUGUCCUGACCCUGGUGCACCAAAGCUGUCGGCCUCUGCUCCAUAUAUCUUAUGGGGUUUGAGUCCGUCACAACCACAGCAGAGUCUCUGAGGUGCUGCAAAAUAAACAUUCAGACAGUAUUUACGUCCAAUUCAUGGACUUCCAUUGGACAAACCUAAUAUAUUUCACUCGCAUCACUGAUGUUUGCAUCACUACAUCUUAUGCGCACAUUAUAGAGGGAUUGAUAAGGAGCCACUUGUCAACAGUUGCUAACAAAGAACAGUUAUUUCAGCCCCUUAAUCCCACUUUUCUCUUCAGACAUGUUCAACCCAAACACACGUAAACUCAAGGCAGAGCUGCGAGUACCAACUGUUACAGUAUGGGAGCGAGGGAUGCGACAGGUCGACAAGGUUGCAGCUAGUGAUGGGUCAAUGAGGUGUCAUGAAACAGUGACCUUCCUUUCAGAGGCCACUAGAUGGCGCUCUUGGUUUAAACAUGAUGUGAGGUUUCGUUGAAUUAGUUGUUCAAGUCCAGCCAUUUUACUGCAGACAAUGCCAUCUGGUGGCCUCAGGACACUGUGGCCAGGUCGUGUUUGGUGUGGCUGUCCAUACGUUUGUCAUCCUCUCGUGUCUGCAGUGGCCUCCGUUGCUCCUGGUCUUUGAAGUUGCCUCAUCGUGAGCAACCACAGUGUCAGACUUCCAAUAUAUAAAUGCCACGAGUGUAGCGCCAUCUAUCGUACCAUUCUGUCUGGAUUAGUUUGACCUCCACCUGGGGACGUCAGUGAUGCAGGUGGGCCUGAAAUAGUUAGAGUUAAUAGCAUUUUAAAAGUUCCGUAUUUUUAAUCACUCAUAUUGCAGAGAUUCCCUGCAGGUAGAGUGGAAUGUUUUGAGCAUUUGUCUCUGGACCAUUAUAGCGAAGAUUCAACUUCGCAAAAUGACUGAAUUAAUGGUUGAUUUUGUUUGCCAUUGACCUCAUGUCGUGGUGUAUUUUCUUUGUAAGCCAUAAUCAUCACAAUUUCAAGCUGCUCAAAAUAUUUCACUGCUCAUCGCAGUCAAUCUAUAUUAUAAAAGGGUUGAAACUGAGGCAGAGUUUCUCGACUCUGUGAUCCACGCACAAGAAAUGUUGGUGUCUAAAUCUGUGUUUUAGACACAGAGCACCGCCGAGGUUCACAAGCACAGAAUUUGACGUCAAAUCAAGACACGUUUUUUGAGUUAGCAUGACCUGGGGUCACUUCCUGUGACGCCUUUAGAGAAGGCAGAGGUCCCGCUGCGCUUGACUGACAUCAUGAGGUGAUGAUGGCUGACAUGCUGCGUUCGAACUUGACCAAAACGUGGGGUCAUUUUCACUUCACCCUGCAGAUAUAAGGGAUGGUGUUGACAGCAGGAGCUGCUGGGCUCCCGCCCGCUCACUUCCAGUCGCGGUUCCUCCCUCUCUCCCCCGACAGCCCUCAUGAUUGUGCCGCUCGCACGGCCGUCGUCUUCAGUUCUCAGAACGACCUGUUGUAGCUUUAACCUGGGAACCUGCCGGUGAGAGAGUCACAGAUGUUUACAUCACCACACGUUGCUGCUCCCCCUCAUUUUCUAGACACCAACUUUCUCACCUCGUCCCGAACACCUUCCCCGUCAUCGACCCUUUCUUCUGUCGCGCGUCUGCUGCUGAACGUCCACUCCACGUCUCACUCUCUGAAUGUUUCACUCUCAUCAUCAUGGCCUUACUUUCGGACUGAAGAAUCGGAAGCUUCUCGAUGACCACCGUCUCCAUCUUGUGUGUGUGUGUUCACUUCAGUGUACUCUGAGUUUAGACAAACUGCCGAAACAUGCGUAUAUAAAUGGCAUAUAUUUAGAGAACUAUGUACAAAUGUGUAUACAGUAUAUAAAUCUUAAUUCACUCAGUACUCACCAUGGCUGCCGUGUACGUGACGAUGGUGGGAGUGUUCCGAACUAACCGGCGUGGAAGUGCACUGGAGUGUGUUCAGUGUGUGGCUGCCGACACCGUGACGCUGGGUGGUAUUUGUAAGUGCACUCCUCUUGAAUGUAGCGCCGCCGCUAACAACGAGAUAUUUCAUGUUUGUGUGGAAACUGUUUCUUUGUUUGCUCGCUUUUUCUGUGACCAGAUUCCUGUACCGGAGCCAGAUUGUUUGUUACAGUAUGCACAACAAUA